AGACACGCUACCGGAGACCUUCGAUUAUGAACCAUUUGAGAAGAGUGACUGGCAAGAUGCAGAAGAGGAUGAAUGUAAAGUUGAGAUUAGAGCAGUGAACAAAUGUAACGUGAAAAUCAAGCAGGAGUGCAAAGUAUCGUACAAAUGUGACACAUGUCUUUACAAAACAGCACACUCUGCGAGACAAGAAAAUGAUUCGGUAGUGUACAAAUGUGAAUCAUGUGAGUAUGAAGCUAAAAGUAAGAAAUUACUUCAGAGGCAGACAGAAUGCAGUUCUAACCUUGUUGAGCAUCAAGUGAAGCACAAAGCACAACUGUACAUGUGCAACUUCUGUGAUUUCCAAACGAAGUGGAGAGGCAGUUUUAAUAGACAUCAUAUAAAACACAAAGACUCAAGUAAAUGUGAUGAGUAUAAUUAUAAAACCAAAUUGCCACAUAAGGACGCUUCACAGCUGAAGAUGUACAAAUGCGAUGGUUGCAACUACGAAUCAAUGAAAAAGAAACUUUUAAUCAAACAUCAGUUGGUACAUAAAGAUUCUUCUCAGGUUCAAAUGUAUAGGUGUAACGAGUGCGGUUAUGAAACUAAAUACAAGAAGGAUAUGAAACAGCACCAACUGAAACAUAAAGAUCCAUCUCAGACUGAAAGGUACAGGUGUAACGACUGUAAUUAUGAAACUAUAUACAAGAGAUAUAUUAAAAGACACCAACAGAAACAUAAGGAUACUUCGCAGAGUCAAACGGAAUCGCACCAACUGACACAUAAAGAUCCUUCUCAAUGUAAUAUCAAAAAGCACCAACUGAGACAUAAAGAUCCAUCACAGGUGCAAAUGUUCAGGUGUAACGACUGCGAUUAUGAAACUAAAUACAAGAAUGAUAUGAAACAGCACCAACUGACACAUAAAAAUCCUUCGCAAAUUCAAAUGUACAGUUGUAAUGACUGCAGUUACGAAACUAAGUACAAGCAUGGUAUCAAACUACACCGACUGAAACAUAAAGAUCCUUCGCAGGUUCAAACGUACACGUCUAACGACUGCGAUGAACUCAAAUAA